AUGGCCGACCAGUUGACCAAAUACUUUGGGUCUGUCUUCACUCAGGAGGGCACAAAUAACUUUCAUGAAAUGCUCAAGGACACAAAGCCAAGCAUGAAGGAGGAACUAAAGGCAAUCCUUAUUAGUCAGGAAAUGGUCAACACCGCUGACCCACAAGGCUGUGUACUCAGCUCCUUACUGUACUCCCUGUACACUCAUAACUGUGCACCCAAGUUUCAUCCUAACUCCAUGUACGUGUUCACUCAUGGCACCACUGUAGGCUGGAUUACAAACAAUGACGAGAUGGAGAUAGAGUUCUUGUUGGCAUCGUGUAAAGUGAUCUUCUUCACCAAUGGAUGGGAUUCAUGGAAAACCAAAGCCAUAAACUGUGGCAAAGGAUUCUAUCUUGGAACAACCAGGACAUGUGUUGAUGACAAUGAGUGUGGAGAAAAUGAAGCUGAAUCAUCGGCCCUGUGUGGUACCAACACAGAGUGUCACAACACCCUCGGGAGUUUCUACUGUACCUGUAAGAAAGGAUACGCCAGUGAAUCAGGAGAAACUAACUUUACCACCAUGAUACACUGCCGAGAUAUUGAUGAGUGCGAGACAGACCCAUGUGGUGCAAAUGCAACAUGCACCAACACAUUUGGUGAUUUUAAGUGUACCUGUAAUGAAGGAUUUGUCUCAACCAAUGGGGAACGCACCUUCACCGAUCAAACAGUCACACAGUGCCAAGAUAUUGAUGAGUGCGAGACAGACCCAUGUGGUGCAAAUGCAACAUGCACCAACACAUUUGGUGAUUUUGAGUGUGCCUGUAAUGAAGGAUUUGUCUCAACCACUGGAGAACGCACCUUCAUCGAUAAAACAGUCACACAGUGCCAAGAUAUUGACGAAUGUGAGACAGAUCCGUGUGGUUCAAAUGCAACAUGCACCAACUAUGUUGGUGGUUUUGAGUGUACCUGUAAUGAAGGAUUUGUCUCAACCACUGGAGAACGCACCUUCACCGAUAUAACAAUCACACAGUGCCAAGAACUAAACAGGAUCAACACAGAACAAUGCAGCCUGAACAAUUUUACAAAGAUCUCCCUGAAUACUUACCAUAUAUUUUGUUCAUGGAUUAACUCCACCAUUAAUCAGAUUACUCAUCAGAAUGUACAGGAAAUCAUUUCAAACUCCAGUGAUAUUUUAAGGAAUUAUUCCUUUUGGGAAAACAUGGAAAAAGAACAACGACUCUAUUCCUGCUCCAUAUUUCUGCAAACCAUGGAAAAUGCUGCCAUUGUUGCUGCUCUGAAUUUGCCACCUCAGGGAAACAGAACAAUAUCAACUGAAAAUAUCAAUAUGGAAGUAAGGGCUUUUCGGGGAGGAAACAGGUCAGCCCAGGACAGAAUCUGUUUACAAGUGAAGGACACUGUGAUGGAUAUCAACCGACAGACACACAGCAGAGGAAAUACAACUGAUUUAACAGUGGUGGCUUUGAUCGCCUAUAAGGACAUGGAUUCCAUUCUGAAUGGAAGUGAGUUCCACAGCACCACUGGUGGGAAACAGAAGCCUUUUCAAUUAAUCUCAGAUGUCGUCUCAGCCGUGAUAACGAACAGGGACAACAAUGGACUUGAGCCAAUUGUGAACAUCACCUUCAAGCACAAUCAGCAGGCGAACAGUGAGUGGACAACCCACUGUGUCCACUGGGAUUACGCAGCUGGGAAAAGCUACUGGUCUCCUCAUGGCUGCAGUGUGGGAGAUUCCAGUGGAACACACACCCAGUGUCGAUGCAACCAUCUCUCCACCCUGGCAUUGCUGAUGUCUCCUGUUGGAUGGCAGGACUAUCCGUUUGUUUUGACGACAAUUACAUUGAUUGGGAUCCCAAUUUCUCUGGUGUGUCUGGGAAUCACCAUUGUGACCUUUGCUUUCUGCACCAAUGUGAGAAAUGCUCUCCACAUCACCCACAUGCAGCUGUGUGUGAGUCUCUUCCUGGCGGAGCUGCUUUUCCUUCUCGGGAUCAACAGAACCACAAACCGGGUGAUGUGUGGGAUUAUAGCAGGAUUUCUACACUACCUGUUCUUGGCUGCGUUUGUUUGGAUGUUCCUGGAGGGAGUCCAGCUCUUUCUCAUGGUCAGAAACAUCAGGAAUUUGAGGGUUCCUCAUUCAGAAAAAGUUGAGAAAUUCAUGUACCUUCUUGGCUACGGGGUUCCUGCAGCAAUUGUGGUCAUUUCUGCUGCAGUGGAUCAUGAUGGCUAUGGAUCACCUAGGCACUGCUGGGUCUCCAUAAAAAGAGGAUUCAUCUGGAGUUUCCUGGGACCUGUGUGUCUGAUCAUUGGGAUCAACACGGCUCUGUAUUUCACAAUACUCUUGAUAUUGAAAAGAGAAGUUUCUAAACAGGACACUAAAGUGUCGAAACUUCAGAAUACAAGGAUGCUGACAUUCAAAGCCAUUGCUCAGGUGUUUAUCCUGGGCUGCACUUGGAUUUUUGGUUUGUUUCAGUUUCAGGAACAGCCUGGUGUAAUGACCUAUUUAUUCACCAUCAUCAACAGUUUCCAAGGCACUUUCAUCUUUAUCCUGCUCUGCAUGUUAAAUCCCAAGGUAAGCAGUGGUAUGGUUACACAGUGA